UUAAACGUUCAAAAAAGAAGAGAAGUGUCAAAUUACGGACCAACUCGUACUCCGAGCUCUCCAUAUUUAAGCCCCACAUUCCAAAUUCACUUCCCUGCACUUGCUGUAACUGUACGCAGGUAACACGUGAUACCGUGAUAAGAGAUUUCAUUGGAUGAGAUUGAAGAUAGCGAGCCAAUGGGAGUUCACGUGAUGGGCAGUGCUCGUCCCUAAUUUUCACCAGAUUCACUAGGAUUGGAAGGAUCUUAUCCGAGGAAUGGUAGAAAUGAAGACAAUCUGGGUGAUAGGUGGUCCCGGUUGUGGAAAAGGUACGCAAUGUGAUAAAAUAAUAGCCAAGUACGGACUUCUGCAUUUGAGCAGUGGAGAUCUACUCCGAGAGGAAGUGGCAAGCGGCAGUCCUCGAGGUGCUUCUCUUCAAGAACUCAUGUCGAAAGGUCUCUUUGUGCCCACGGAUGUUGUUCUCUCUCUCAUCAAGGAGCGAAUGGAAAAAGCACGAGCUCAAGGAGGAAAUCGUGGAUUCCUCAUCGACGGAUAUCCCAGGGAACUCGAUCAAGGAAAACAAUUCGAGAGAGAUGUUUGUCCAGCUGAUUUAAUCAUCUUCUUUGAUGUUGCUGGUGAUACUAUGAAAACUCGAUUACUGGGACGAGCUGCUGUGUCUGGAAGGGCCGACGAUAAUGAGGCGACAAUUAUCAAGAGAAUCGAAAUAUUUAACGUGAAAAACGGAGAAAUCGUUGAUCAUUACAAAGAUAAAGUCGUUCGCAUAAACGCUGAAGGUGCAAUUGACGACAUUUUCGCGGAAGUUUCCAAAGCUUUGGAUCCACUUUUCGCUUCCUGAAUUUAUCGAAUCGUUUCCUGAUCCCUCACUGGCAAAAAAAAACUGGAAAGGAUACCUUGAGCACAACUGGAGUGAUUAUCGAGACAGAUCAGUAUCAAAAGUGUACAUCGAAUACAAUUUGAAAUAUCCGGCAGUGACUUCCUGUAAUUGCACCAGAAACAGCUGCUCAAAGUUUCAACAAUCUAUUGUAUCUGUGUACAUAAAUUUAAAAAAUUGCGCUCUCUCACUCGUCGUUCAAAAAUUGUGUGAACACUUCUAUUUUUCCAUGAUAAAUACAUUAAAUGCAAUUUCAAUCGUU